AUGAAGAAAGACCAGUAUGCCAGGGUUUGGAUCCCCGAUUCAGAAGAAGUCUGGAAGUCAGCAGAACUUCUCAGAGAUUAUAAACCUGGAGAUGAAGUCCUCCAGCUUCGACUUGAAGAUGGCAAGGACCUAGAGUAUCGCCUAGAUCCGAAGACAAAGGAACUCCCACCCUUGCGAAAUCCUGACAUACUUGUUGGUGAAAAUGACCUCACAGCGCUCAGUUAUCUCCAUGAACCUGCUGUUUUACACAACCUCAAAGUUCGAUUUAUAGACUCUAAACUAAUCUAUACCUAUUGUGGUAUUGUCUUAGUGGCCAUAAAUCCUUAUGAACAACUGCCCAUCUAUGGCGAAGACAUCAUCAAUGCCUACAGUGGCCAAAACAUGGGGGAUAUGGAUCCACAUAUCUUUGCGGUGGCUGAAGAAGCAUAUAAGCAGAUGGCCAGAGAUGAGCGAAAUCAGUCAAUCAUCGUCAGUGGGGAAUCUGGAGCCGGGAAGACCGUCUCUGCUAAGUAUGCCAUGAGGUACUUUGCCACGGUCAGUGGGUCUGCCAGUGAAGCCAAUGUUGAGGAAAAAGUCUUGGCCUCCAAUCCCAUCAUGGAGUCUAUUGGAAAUGCAAAAACUACAAGGAAUGACAACAGCAGUCGCUUUGGGAAAUACAUUGAAAUUGGUUUUGAUAAGAGAUAUCGAAUCAUUGGUGCUAACAUGAGAACUUACCUCUUGGAAAAAUCAAGAGUGGUGUUUCAGGCAGAAGAGGAGAGAAAUUACCACAUCUUUUACCAACUUUGUGCCUCUGCAGCAUUACCGGAGUUUAAAACUCUACGAUUGG